CCACAUAUGUAAUCUGAAAGACGUGUAUGUAUGUAUAUCGAUAUGUGUAUGUCUUUCUAUACGUUUCUGUAUGUGUGUGUAUAUAUCUACAAGUACCACGUCUUUUAAGUGAAACUUUCAUCAAGGCCGGUUCUUUUCUGUACUUAUUGUUCUUUAUUGCCGGUCAUUAUUACAAUUUCCAAGCUGACUAAUUGUGAAAUGCACAACUAAGUUUACCAGUAACUACUAUUAAAGUUGGUGUAGGUACCAGGCGCCACGUGUGACACAACCCUCCUCUCUAAGGCUGCUACUAUCACUACAGAGUAAUCUAUCUGCUGAGACUCCUUCCUAGAUCAACCGAUUUAACGAUACUCCAAUAAUAGUGAAGUGUGACUAACGAGACACACACACUAUCUCCAUUAUCUUGAUUGAACGAGUAUCCUGCUGUCUCCCUUCAGCCGAUAUAAACUACAAUGGACGACGUGGCUACUUCUCGUAUGGGAACUCGAGUGUAUAUUGGUCGUUUGUCUUACCAUGCCAGAGAGAAAGAUGUGGAGAGAUUUUUCCGCGGAUUCGGUAGAAUCAGAGACAUCAUGCUGAAAAAUGGCUAUGGAUUUGUUGAAUUUGAAGAUUAUAGGGAUGCUGAUGAUGCAGUAUAUGAGUUAAAUGGUAAAGAACUAUGUGGUGAGAGAGUGAUUGUGGAACAUGCUCGUGGGUUACCAAGGAGCGAGGAAAGUUGGCGUGAUAGAGAUAGGGGUUCACGCUUUCCACCCCGUCGCCGAGGAGGCAGAGACAAGUAUGGGCCUCCCACAAGGACAGAGUUCAGACUUAUAGUUGAAAAUUUAUCAUCUAGAGUCAGUUGGCAGGAUCUCAAAGACUAUAUGCGACAGGCUGGUGAAGUGACAUAUGCUGAUGCUCAUAAGGACCGUAAAAAUGAGGGAAUUGUAGAGUUUGCCACAUAUUCAGAUAUGAAAAAUGCCUUAGAUAAAUUGGAUGAUACAGAGAUUAAUGGGAGGCACAUAAGGUUGAUUGAAGACAGACCACGUAAGCGUAGGCGCAGCUCUCGCUCUCAUUCACGUAGCCGAUCAAGGUCUCGAUCUCGGUCACGCAGAAGGAGCCGGUCUCACUCUCGUUCUAGAUCUGGGUCUCAUCAUAGUCGAUCUCGUUCCGAACAGUCUCGAUCUCGUUCUAGAUCAAGAAGUAGGCAGUCUGCAAGCCGCAGUCCCAGUAAAAGCAGGAGCAAGAGUCCUAGCCAUUCGAGAUCCAACACGCCACGGUCACGAUCAGUAAGCAAGAGUAAAUCUAAGUCACGGUCUCCUUCACCAUCCCGUUCUAAGUCUAGAACUCCGGAACCAAAGGAAAAUGGUUCACCAGUUGAAGAAAAUCAAGUCAAUGACAAAGAUUAUGGAAUAACAAAUGAAGAAAUGGAGCAGAGCUGUUGGAAAAUAACCUUACUAAAUGGCUUAUGUCAUCAUCAACACCGUACUGGUGAAACUAGUUCAGUGGUCUAA